AUGGUGUACUUCCCUGGUACAGAGUACCGCUCGCAUACGAGUUGCAUGACGGAAGCGCAGAAAUACCAAGGCGCCCUUUACCGUGAAAAGAAGAGUCAACCUGCCUCGUGUCCCACCCAGAACACGAACAACAACACGAACCAAAACGUCAUGGCUCACCCAGCGUAUGUCGAAGAUGUCGCGGAGGACUAUGAGUCCUGGCGUGACUACGAACAGCGCAGCGAUGAUGACGACCAAUCCAUCGGCGACCCUCUCCCUGAGGCACCAACACCUCCCUCGGCGCUUGAGGCUGGGUCGCCCGUUGAUGUUAAUGUCUUUGAUUUCCUUGUCGCCAACCCGACACCGACCGCUUCCCACGUGUCCCUCCCAGCCACUGCACCCAUCCAGCUGAACGAGGACACACAACUGGUCCGUUUUGAGCCCGAGGCCAAUGGCAUGGAGGAGACUUGCGAGGACGCCGGUACCAUGGUCCGGUAUGACAGCGGCGCGGUACCAACCCCCUUCGAGACCCCCGCGCCAAAGGCAGCGCGGAAGAAGGUGAAAGACACCGACAAGGACGCCAAGAAAGACAAGAAGCGGAAGAGGUUACACAUCGAAACGGACCACAUAAUGACAGAUGCGCCGCCGGUGCUGCACUCGGGGUUGACGGGCGGCAUCAACCGGUUGAUGUCUAGACCCACCGUCUUCCCGCCGUCGCCGGAUUACUCUGGUGGUGACGUCGCCGAGACGCCAGCCAGCCCGCUCAAGAAGACCAAGUCGAGACACCACAAGUCCAGCCGCCCAACCGAGACCCUUGGCAACAGCUUGAUGGCUAUGAUCGCCGCUAGCUCCAAGCCUAAGCCCUCAUCCAAGAAGCGCACCAAGUCAAAGUCCAACUCGACGCCGUCCAAAUCAAAGAAGAAGCGCAGCACCAAGGCCCUCGAGGCACCACAGGAGCAGAAACUUCUCGAGUUCAGACCCGGGUCUAAAGACGGCAAGGACGAAAGCGGCACCAUGAUCGUGUACAAACCGCGGGCGGAACACUUCCUCAGCUUUGUCAACAAGGGUCCCGAGAGCGAGCGCGGGUGCAGCGUCAACAAGGCUCUGAAGCGGUUCCAUCGCGAGAGGGCCGCAUCGGGGGUGCCGGUGACCAAGUUGAUGGAGGAGAAGGAGCUGUGGCGGUCACUACGGAUGAAAAAGAAUGACAGAGGAGAGAUUGUAUUAUUUUGUAUUGAUGAUUGA